AUGAUAACUAAUGAUUUCUUGUUUAUUUCUUAUUUUCAAUCUAAUUUUGUUCUGCAUCGAUCUGUGAAAAAAGUUUCUGGGGACGAAGUAUCCAUGGAUUGGUAUUCGAAUUGUGUAAAAAAGUUAAAAGAAAAGAAUUGUAAUGGAUAUUUUAAGAAUGAAGUUCCUGACGACACACAAUUAUUAGAUAGAUAUGUGAAUUGUGUAACCAAGGAAGCAGAAAGAAAACGUCACGGUGAUCUUUUUAGAGAUACUCCAAUUGAUUUCAGUGCAUGUCCCGUACCAAAACAGUUUAAUAAUAAUGUUGCAGUUGAAUUGUCAAGAACAAUAACAAUGGAACGUAUCUACUUAAGUUUUCUUGAUAAAUAUAUGUUCUCUUAUGAAUUGUUAUUGGCGAUUACUAAUCAAAAACUAAUUAAUUAA